CAGGCGCAGUUUUCGCAUGCGCAAAGAGAAACCCGCCGUGUUUGGAUUUUUCCGCUUAGAAAGCUUUUGCGAGUAAACGGUUAUGGCGGAAGUUCAUGUUAUUGGCGAAAUCAUCGGUGCAAGUGGAUUUCCCUCGCAUAAUCUAUACUGUAAAUGGUCUGUUCAUGUUGACGGACUGUGGAAACUAUUAGCUGGGCAAAAAGAGGGCCAAACACAAGUUGACAAUCCCCAAAAUGAAGACUGUGCGAGCUGGUGUCAUCCCAUCGACCUGCAUUUUGCCACCAAAGGACUGAAAGGUUGGCCAAAGUUUCACUUUCAAGUUUGGCACCAAGAUUCUUAUGGAAGAAACGAGAUCUACGGUUAUGGAUACUGUCACGUUCCGACCUCUCCUGGGACUCAUCAAGUUGAUUGCGUGACUUGGAGACCCCUUAGCUCAAGUAAAUCUGAACAGCUUCGUAGCUUUUUCGUUGGCGGUUCGCCCCAGUUGAAAAAUUCAGACGUUAUUUACACUGGUGGAGACAGAUAUAAACUGAGAACUAUUGCUAUGGGGACGGUACAUUUGCAAUUGGGGGUCAUAACGAGAAACUUUGACAAGUUUGGGGUGGAAUGCUAAAGGAAAUUAUGAUGAUGAAAUGCACAUCUCUCAAAAAGUCAGUAACAAAACACAACAAGAAGAAGAAGCUGUUCAUAUUACCUCAACUUGUACCUCAAAGCUGCCAGCUUGUAUAUGCUUACGCAGGAAUGUGUUUCAAGAAAUUUUAAAUGUUUACUUUCCAGACUAGCAAACAUGCAAAAAGAAAACAAAAAUAAUUUGUGCUGAUGGCAUAUGUUUUAACUUGGGACAGCUACAUUUCAUUUUAUAUCCACACCCCACCCAUAAACGAAGUAAGUCAAAGUUCCCAAACC